CUGGCCUGACUGGCGAGGCCUCGGGAGAGACAUGGCUGGGCAGUGUGUGAGCGUGCGGGCCCUGGUAGCCGCACUCCUGCUUUUUCUCGCCACCGUCUCUGGAUCCACCGGUCCUAGCAGCAGGGAAAUUUGGGGAGCCUCGCGGAUCCCUUCCCAGUUCAGCGAGGAGGAGCGCGUCGCUAUAAAAGAGGCGCUGAAAGGUGCCAUCCAGAUUCCCACGGUGUCUUUCAGCCAUGAGGAAUCCAACACCACAGCCCUCGCUGAGUUUGGAGAAUACAUGCGCAAAGUGUUCCCGACAGUGUUCCACAGCAGCCUGAUCCGACACGAAGUCGUGGGAACAUACAGCCACCUGCUUACUGUGCAAGGCUCGGACCCCAGUCUGCAGCCCUACAUGCUGAUGGCUCACUUUGACGUGGUUCCAGCCCCUGAAGAAGGAUGGGAGGUGCCCCCGUUCUCAGGCCUGGAGCGUGAUGGCUUCAUCCAUGGCCGGGGCACACUGGACAACAAGAACUCUGUGAUGGCAAUCCUGCAGGCCUUGGAGCUCCUGUUGAUCAGAAACUAUAGCCCUAGAAGAUCUUUCUUCAUUGCUUUGGGCCAUGAUGAGGAGGUGUCUGGGAUAAAGGGCGCUCUGAAGAUCUCAGCACUCCUACAGGCUAGGGGUGUUCGGCUGGCCUUCCUUGUGGAUGAAGGGAGCUUUAUUAUGGAAGAUUUUCUUCUGAACCUCAAGAAGCCCUUUGCCGUGAUUUCCGUCGCAGAGAAGGGUGCCCUUGAUCUCAUGCUGCAAGUGAACAUGACUCCAGGACACUCUUCAGCUCCCCCAAAGGAGACGAGCAUUGGUAUCCUUUCCGCCGCUGUCAGCCGACUGGAGCAGACACCCAUGCCGAAUAUGUUUGGGAGUGGGCCACUGAAGCAGGCAAUGAAGCUGCUGUCAAAAGAGCUUUCCUUCCCCGCCAAUAUAGUCCUGGGGAACCUGUGGCUGUUUCGGCCCAUUGUAAGCAGGCUAAUGGAGAGGAAUCCCAUAACCAACGCCCUGGUCAGAACCACCACCGCCCUCACCAUAUUCAAUGCAGGAGUCAAGGUGAAUGUCAUCCCCCCACUGGCUCAGGCUACAAUCAACUUCCGGAUUCACCCUUCACAGACAGUACGUGAGGUCCUCGAACUUGUCAAGAACAUCGUGGCUGAUGACCGAGUCCAGCUACAUGUGCUGAGGUCUUUUGAGCCCCUGCCCUUCAGCCCCUCCGAUGCCAAGGCCAUAGGCUACCAGCUGCUUCAACAGACCAUACAGUCUGUCUUCCCGGAAGUCGAUAUUGUUGUCCCCGGUAUUUGCAUUGCCAACACAGACAGCCGGCACUACGCCAACCUCACCAACGGCAUCUAUCUGUUCAACCCCGUUUUCUUGCAGCCUCAGGGCUUCAGUAGUAUCCAUGGAAUCAACGAGAAAAUCUCCGUGCGGAACUACGAGAACCAGGUGAAGUUCAUCUUUGAGUUGAUCCAGAAUGCUGACACCUACAAGGAGCCAGUUCCUCAUGUGCAUGAACUCUGAGGCCAGGAUGCAGUGGGUGAGGGGUGCCCGACCCUGGGCAGGACAAACCUACAGGGAGAGACAGAGCUGGUAUUGACGAAAGGUUUGGUGGAACCACCUUGCACUGCGGAUGGAGUUCAUCUGCCUGACUCCCUCCUCCACUCGCCAGAGAACAAGCUCCAAGGAGGAGGAGAUGAGCAGAAUCCAGCCUGUCAUUUAUGACGACAGCUGUCCUCUUCCCCUGAGUGGCCUCAGCUGCCUCUGUCCUGCCAUAGAAGGUGUUGGCCUGUCUCACUAGUCCUCUUUCCCAGCCUGCCUUAACAAAUGCAAAUUUUGGGGGAAAAAAAAAAUCUCAGGAGGGUUUUAUCUAGAUAGAACGUUAACUUAGGGUACUGGAGCUGGAUUGCCUUCUAGAGUUUCCUUUCUCCUGCCAUCCACUCUCUUCUUGGAUGUGGAAGCUGCCUCACCUGCCUCUGCUACCUUCCUCCCCUCUCCAGCCUCUUCCACACCUGAGUAACUCGGUCAGACGGAGACGCUCCCACCAGCACUGUCAGUGUGUGUAGUCAGCUGCUCUCUAACCAGUGCCUCUCACAGUCUCCGCCCCACAACUCCUGGGUCAGACAUUGGGGCCUGGAAACGCAAGCUGCUCUCCUUGGGUUCCUGGAACUUUGCUCCCUUCCCUGCCCUGUUCCUGCCACCUGCUCUGGUGACCCCACCCAAGGAGGCACUAAUCUGUGAAAACAUUUCCCUGGCACAGCCUGUCACUGGAGCCCAGAACCAGCAGAGCCUUGGCCCUGGCACCAUAUCCUGUUUCAGAAUGACCAAGGGGAAGUGGAGGGCAAGGUGGUGGUGGGGUGCUCGAGGGGCUGCUCUUCCCUGGGUAAGAGAGGCAAGGGGAGGCAGCCUUCACUGAAGGACAGCAGAGCUCCUGCCUUCUCUCUGGACUCCAACCCUAGGCGGUUUGAUUCUGCCCAGUAGCUGCCAGGUGGGGGGCUUUGGAAAGCAGCGUUUCUUGACUCAGGGCCAGGAUCUGUGCUUUGUGGCUCACAAGGGAGUCGAGGUCACAAGGGGAGGUCACAAGUCUCCGAGCGAGACUUUUUCGUGUCUCCUACGGGCUUGAUGGCACUGGGUUUCCUUGCUCCCUCAGAAGCCCCGUUCUCCCUCCCUCUGGAGUCCUUGCCUUCCUCCCGUGGCUGUGCAGAUGUGAACUGCUCCUUGCAGCUCUGGCUUAAUUGUCAGUGUUAGAAACAGUGUGCGAAUUAGUCAAGCUUUUUUUUGUUAAGAUUCACAUUCCUUCCCUCACUCUCUCUUUUUGGCCAAUUCAGUUCUUAGUCAGCUUUUGUUGGAGGGCAAGCUUAAAAACAAAAAUAACCCUUCACUUUUGUGCAGAGCCCUACAGAGCAGUUCCUUACACCUUAUCUCAGCCCUGUGACUAUGCCGUUGUUACUCCUUCCUACAGAGAUGAACUUGAUUCUGAGUGGGUUCCACAUUUAGCAGGAAACAGUGGCUCCCACACUCCCCAUUAUCCUCUGACCCUGUGUCACCUCCUCCCCACUGAUGUCUUAUUUAAUUCCCGUAACAACCACUGAGGCUUGAGUGUGUCCCCCACAUUUGUCGGUUGUGAACUUAAUCCUAUGAGAAAAGUAUUCCGAGGGAGGAAACCUAACUGAUUAGGGUCUGUCUUUGUGGGAUUGUUAGGAUUAGACAAGGCCAUCAGGACUGAGCCUCAUCCUUGACUUACUGAUGACUUUUUAAGAAGAGAGUUUGAGGUAAUAGACACAUUUAAGCUGAUUUGGACAUUGUCCCGUGAAUACAUGUGUCAAAAUAUCACACAGUUACCCCAUUAAAAGACAGAAGGGGGAACCAGAAGACAGGCAAGUCCUGGAACUUGCUGUCUACAUCAGGAUGGCCUAAAACUCACAGAGAUCCGCCUGCCUCUGCCUUCUGAAUGCUGGGAUUAAAGGCCUGCACCACCA